AUGCUGCAACACGUCGCUGACUCCUUGUAUGGCGACCUGAAUGUGCUGAUCUUCAAGAUCUCAAGCAUUGUUCUAUCGGUUGUGUGCGUGAACCACUUCAUUGCUUGCUUCUGGUAUUGGCUUGGCUCCUUCACCGGAGAAGGUGGGCAACCCAGCUGGACGACCGACAUCCAGGCCGGAUUAGAAUCCGCCGGCUUCCAAUAUGUGGCCGCAUUUCACUGGAGCCUGUCGAAUUUUGCGACCGCCACCACCCGCAUCAAUGCCAUCAACGCUUGGGAGCACAUGUUCGCCAUCUUCGUUCUUUUUGCCGGCCUCGUGUCUUUCGCAAGCAGCCUGUCUGCCAUCACAUCGGCCGUGGCUGAUUAUCGAGCAGUGGAGGUGGACACCCUGCAGAACGAGAAGAAGCUGCGGGCCUUCUUUGGCGAUCGGGCGAUCUCACCUGCAAUGUCGAGUCGAAUCUGGGAGUUCGUUCGGUCCCGACGACGAAAUCGGCCGAAGCUGAUCGAGGCCAAUGUGAAGUUGUUGAAUGGACUGCCCAAGAUCCUUCGAAUCGAACUGCGUAAAGACAUGUUCAUUCCACAUCUUCAGACACAUCCCUUGUUUCAAGGACUGGAGCUGGCCGACCCGCAUGUUAUCAGUCGACUUUGCGACCGAGGAAUGGAGUUCCGCGGGGUGCCUCCGAUGGAAGACGUGUUCAAUCGCGCAGAGAAAGCUGCGUAUGUGUAUUAUGUCAUAGGUGGGACCCUUCAGUAUUACUUCCAGCGGCCACAAGCCCGGCGCGCAGUCGUUGGAGCAAUCGACGUCCACCCGAACGAGUGGAUCUCGGAAGGAGCUUUCUGGUUCGACAACUGGGUGCACUUCGGAUGGCUUCGGGCAAAGACACCGUCGGAGUUCCUGAUGCUCAACGUGGAGGUUUUCCAGAUGGUUGCUCUGAAGUCUCCGAGCCCCUACCUAGGAAGUACCAUCUACAAACAGGCAUGGGUGAAGCAGAUCAAGGACGAUGUGCGAUCUCAGGAAGAUGGGGUGACCCGCCUUUUCAAAGGACGUCCAACAGACCUGGCGGGCGACAAACAGCUUCUCGAGCACAUUGCUUAUGAUGCCUUCCCCGAUCUCGCCCGACGGUAUGAGAUGAGAUUCAACCCAGAAAUCCUGAAAUUGGGUAGCUUCUCGAGCAAGAUCUUUCAAUCGACCUCUUCGUCCGGCCUUUAG